AUGGGGCCGCCGCCCGGGGCCGGGGUCUUGUGCCGUGGUGGCUGCGGCUUUUCCCGAUUGCUGGCGUGGUGCUUCCUGCUUGCUCUGAGUCCCCAAGCCCCCGGCUCCCGGGGGGCCGAGGCUGUGUGGACCGCGUACCUCAACGUGUCCUGGCGGGUUCCGCACACCGGAGUGAACCGCACGGUGUGGGAGCUGAGCGAGGAGGGCGUGUACGGCCAGGAUUCGCCGCUCGAACCCGUGGCCGGGGUCCUGGUGCCGCCCGACGGGCCGGGGGCGCUCAACGCCUGUAACCCGCACACGAAUUUCACGGUGCCCACGGUCCCGGGGGACUGGGGAAGCGCCGUGCAGGUCUCUUGGUUGGCCCUCAUCCAGCGCGGCGGGGGCUGCACCUUCGCAGACAAGAUCCAUCUGGCUUACGAGAGAGGGGCGUCUGGAGCCGUCAUCUUUAACUUCCCGGGGACCCGCAAUGAGGUCAUCCCCAUGUCUCACCCGGGUGCAGGAGACAUUGUUGCAAUCAUGAUUGGCAAUCUGAAAGGAACAAAAAUUCUACAGUCCAUUCAAAGAGGCAUACAAGUAACAAUGGUCAUCGAAGUAGGGAAGAAACAUGGCCCUUGGGUGAAUCACUAUUCAAUUUUCUUCGUCUCUGUGUCCUUUUUUAUUAUUACGGCAGCAACUGUGGGCUAUUUUAUCUUUUAUUCUGCUCGAAGAUUACGGAAUGCAAGAGCUCAAAGCAGGAAACAGAGACAACUAAAGGCAGAUGCUAAAAAAGCUAUUGGAAGGCUUCAACUGCGUACACUGAAACAAGGAGACAAGGUUAACUAUCUAGCAGUGAGAUUGCUGGGUUCUUCAGAAAGCGUUAUUUUUUACUUCAUAAAGAACUGCCAAAUUGUCUUCCAGACUAGCUAUACAUUGUAUUCUUACCAGCAAAUCCGUAAGAGUUCACUUGUUCCACAACUGGCCAGUGCUUGCCAUAUUUUCCAUAAGACAUGUGUUGACCCUUGGCUGUUAGAACACAGAACUUGCCCCAUGUGCAAAUGUGACAUACUCAAAGCUUUGGGAAUUGAGGCGGAUGUUGAAGAUGGACCGGUGUCUUUACAAGUCCCUGUAUCCAAUGAAAUAUCAAAUAGUGCCUCUCCUCAUGAAGAGGAUAAUCGCAGUGAGACUGCAUCGUCUGGAUAUGCUUCUGUUCAGGGAGCAGAUGAGCCACCUUUGGAAGAACACGUGCAGUCAGCAAAUGAAAAUCUACAGCUGGUAAACCAUGAGGCAAGUUCCGUGGCAGUGGAUGUUGUUCCUCAUGUUGACAACCCAACUUUUGAAGAAGAUGAAACUCCUGAUCAAGAGACUGCAGUUCGAGAAAUUAAAUCCUAA